AGUAUUAAGGUCUAUACAAACCAUUUUGUUCAUGAAUUAAUAAUAAUAAUAAUAAUAAUAAUAAUAAUAAAUUGCUUUCCCCGUGUUUUAGGGAAGCGUUUGAAGACGAAGGCAUUCAUUUUUGUUCUUGAAAAAAAAAAUGAGAGAAGAAGAAGAAGGUGCCCGAGCACGACGGCCGGCACGUGAAUUUUGUUUCUCCGUCAAAACGACAACAUGCAACGCACGUCCCAUUUUCUUCUCCCGGUCGUCCACCCAAACUAAAUUCCGGGAAUCCAACAUCGAUCCCCGAUGUUGUUCGUGGAUUCAUUGAUUUAGUGCAAUCAAUAUGGUUCGAGAGGAGCAGUUAAGCGUGCGGAAAACCAGAUCCUUCAAUUUGCGCAAAAUAUUUGACAGACAUAAUAAUUUGUCUCCCGAGAAGGGCAAAGAGGAGGCCGCCAGGGAGAACAAGCUACAGGCUGCCAGGAAUGACGUUGUUCAGCAAGUGUCGCCCGUUUCUCUAUGGCCGAUGGACGACGAUGGUGGUGGCUGCAGGAGUGAAAGGCGUAUUUCAGAUAUGGAAGUGAUGAAGGAAAAAUUUUCGAAACUGCUUCUGGGAGAGGACAAUUCAGGUGGAGGGAAGGGUGUUUCUUCAGCUCAGGCCCUUUCCAACGCCAUCACGAAUCUCGCCGCUUCUGUUUUUGGAGAACAAAGACGGUUAGAACCAAUGGAUCCUGAGAGGAAGGCGAGAUGGAAAAAGGAAAUCGAUUGGUUUUUAUCUGUUUCGAAUUACAUUGUUGAAUUCGUUCCUUGUCAACAAAAAUCAAAAGACGGAUCGAAUAUGGAGGUAAUGACAACACAACAACGGCGAGACCUUCGGAUGAACAUUCCGGCGCUUCGCAAGCUCGACAGAAUGCUCCUGGAAAUUCUCGACAACUUCACCGAGGAGCAAGAAUUCAAGUAUGUUUCCAGAGAUGCAGAUAAGUCCAAAGAAGGAGGACAAUCGAAUGACAAAUGGUGGUUGCCUAGAGUGAAGGUUCCUGUGGGAGGCCUUUCCGAAGAAUCGCGACAGUUCCUGCUGAAGCAGAAGGAAGGUACAAUUCAAGUCCUGAAAACAUCAAUGGCAAUCAAUGGUCAAAUCCUCUCCGACAUGGAUGUCCCCUACAAUUACAUUGAAUCCCUCCCUAAGAAUGGAAGAGAAAGCCUGGGCGACUUGAUCUACAGAAGCAUCACCGAUGAGUGCUUCGAUCCGAUGGAAUUCCUUUCGGGUGUGGACUUUUCAUCGGAGCACAAAGUUGUCGACCUGAAGAACAGGAUAGAAGCAUCCAUUGUUAUAUGGAAAAGGAAGAUGCACCACAAGGAAGGAAAAUCUUCUUGGAUAGGCUUCGAGCGGCGAGAGAUUUUUGAAGAAAGAGCUGAGACAAUCUUACUCCUGAUCAAACAGCAGUUCCCGGGGAUUUCCCAAUCCUCACUCGAAAUAUGCAAAAUUCAGUACAACAGAGAUGUAGGCUUGGCCAUAAUGGAGAGCUAUUCCAGAGUGCUCGAAACCUUGGCGAGCACGGUGUUGUCUCGAAUUCAGGAUGUCCUGAAUGCUGAUGCUCUUGCUGGAGAUCGUUUGCUUGCUCGCCAGAAGUCGGGGGAUUUAUCUCCAUCCCCGACAUUGAGUGACAUUUCAAGCUCUGCUUCCAGUGGUUCGGAGAGGUGUAGCUCGGCUGCAGGGACCCCGUCUUCUUCGAAGACGCCGACGCUGCUGGAUUUUAUUGGGUGGGAUCUGGAAAUACCUCAGGAAGUGAAUAAGAAGGAAAAGAUGGUUACAAAACCUGCUAAUAUUAACACCAACAAGAAGGUGUCUUACCUUGAGAAGAUCGAGAUGAGCAUGUUGACAAGUCCUACGGCUCGCCAUUGAAAUUUUGAAUGAAGCCAUAGAAGAGGUGUAGUUUUAUUAUUCAGCAAGGCUGCUCUGCUCUGCUCUUCCUUCCGUGUUGAUGGCGGAUAGAGAAGUUUGCAAGUGAAUUUUCGUUCAGUUAUGGUUUUUAGGGAUUGCAGAUGAUUGCCAUUGUUACAGUGACAGUGCUAAGUGAAUGCUGUAAUUUGUGUUAAUGGGCUGUGAUGAAUGUAGGUAUUCAAGAUUGAUUAGCUUAUGGGAAUAAUUUCUAUUCUAGUGA